AUGGUGCCAAAUGCUGAAAGAAAUGGUGAAGGGGGCGGCGGCGGAGGCGGAGGACCGCGGCGGUGCGCGCGCGAUGCUGCGGCGUCACCCGCGCAUGCGCCGCCGCCGCCGCCGACGACCGCGCCUCAAGCGCACGCGGUCAAGAGCGAGCGGUUGAGCCCACACGACUCUAACGCUUCUGGAUCUCGCAGCGUGACGCCCUCCACAUCGUCAUACCCGGGAACACCGCCAGAACGCGGCAGUCCUCACGCACCUGCACAGCCUGCGCCCGCACACCCACCGCGCAACUAUUCCGACAUUAUGCGUACCCUAGCCGCGAGAUACAACCGAGAUACCCACACUGGCAACGACUACUAUCAUCGCAUGAACGGCUUUGGCGAGGUGCGCGCAUCGUCAUCUCCUGCGCAGGAUGCAACAGACGCGCAACUUGGUGGACUUUUCGCAAAGCUAGCCAGCAAACAAGGAGGCCCGCCUAGACUACCUGCCUUCCCUGUUAUGCUGGACAUGAGUGCAACUAAGACACUACUAGCAAUAACCCGUGCGGGAAGAUGUAGGAGAUCACGGCGCAAAGGCACAGGUACAGGAACGAUUCCGGAACACUCCCCUCUGGAUCUAUCUGCUGCUGGAGAGAGUGCCGCCAAACGCGCUAGGUCAUCGGCUAGCCCGAGCACAAGAAGUGAUUCUGACGACAGAGACAGAGUAUCUAAUGAGGACCGGGGUGAAGCGCGAGGCGAGUGCUUGUGUGCUGAAGCUCGAGCUCGUCUAUCAACGUGGUCCGUCGAUGAAGUGUGUGACUUCGUCAAUUCUAUCGAUAUUUGUGCCGAGUACGCACCGAAUUUCCGUGAGCAAAGAAUCGACGGCGCUGGUUUGCCUCUACUCACAGAAGACCACCUCACGGGCUUGUUGCAAAUGAAACUGGGCCCAGCACUAAAACUACGAGCAGUUUUAGUUCGACGGCUGGAACCUUGCUCUAAUUGCCAAACAACAAUCGCCAACAACAUAGCCAACAACUUGGUAGCUAACUCAUCAUCGAGCAUGGCUCCAAAAAUAAAUGGCACAGCGAUGAAACCAGAGCCUCGGAGUAACACCACCAGUCCCAGUUAG